AUGAACUAUGUGGCCAACUAUGGAGGACAGAGGCAAGGUGGUAAGAAUUGGGGGCAACAGAAUCAUCAAUAUAGACCAACACAGCAGCAGUACAAUAAUAGCAACAAUACUGGAACUAUGCGACCACAGGGUCAAGUUGUGCCUUACCAAUGGAAUGCUGCAACAACUCAUUGGGGCCACCAGAAAAAUGGAAGAAAAGGUCCACCAGAUGCAAGAAAAGGCGCAUCAGAUGCAAGAAAGGGUAGUAUCGCACGACUCAGCUAUCAAAGGUAUGAGAUUCAACUAGCGCAGAUAAUGAUAGCUCUAAAUAAUCGUCCCCAAGAGACGUUACCUACGGACACCCAUGUCAAUCCAAAAAAGCAGGGCCCGAAGCAGCUUAUGGCAGUGAGUCUAAGAAAUGGUAGAGACCUAGAUCUAGAGCAAGAAAUUUCUCUCGAAAGCCGACCAACUGAAACACUUAUGCCAAUACCUAUUGAGAUAGAUGAUUCAACAAAGUUAGCUGUGGUGAACAUUCCACUGAUUGACGCCUUGAGGGAGAUGCCUAGGUAUGCCAAAAUGAUGAAGGAUUUGAUGUCUCGCAAGAUCGACUCCCAAGACUUGGCCAUUGUUACACUAACCCAGACCUGUAGUGCUGUCGUGACGAGACCCAUAACUGAGAAGCUGUCAGACCCAGGGAGUUUCACAAUCCCAUGCGCAAUAGGCAGUUAUGAUUUAGGGGAGAGCAUAAACUUGAUGCCCUUGGCUAUCUACAAAAGGUUAGGCAUUGGAAGAUCAAGACCCAAAUCCAUGUUACUAUAG